UAUCGUAGGAAAUUUAAGUAAAUCAAGCAUCCAAAUCAUAAUUAAAGUCAGACUUUCUCACAUGGGCCAGCUUCCAGUUAAGUGAAGUUUUGUUUUUCUUUUACGUAAUUUUAAUGAUUUUAAGUCCUUCAUUUUCAUGCACGCGUUUGAAUUUGAAGUUGUGGUGAAACUUUUGCACGUAAUUUUCAUUACGAUAAUUCAUUCGUUUCAGCCGUCCCCAUAAGAUGCCAUGUAUUUUGUUCUUUACCACCGAUUCCUAACCUCCUUCUGCGCUGGAAGGUAUGGGUAUUGGGAUAACCUAAUUUCACAAUAUUAUCAAUUUUUGCUUCUCAGCUCUUAUCACUCACAGAUGCGCAAACUGUCUUCUCAUUGUUCAUACCAUUUAAAUAUUCCUUACCUUAACAUUUAAUAAAUCUAGUCAGUCAAAAUGGAAGCCAUUCGUUGUCUCGCGAAGUGUAUAAAAUCCUACAGAUGUUUGAAGUGUCUGAAAGUCUCAAGUGUUGAAACCCUCGGGCUAUCAGUUGGAAGUCGACGAUUCCAUAUCAGCAACAAGCUUCUCCUAUCAAUAUCUCCUCAAGAAAAGCAGAUUCCAAACAAUACUCAUGCUGGGAAAUUAAUGCUGUGUAUUUCUCUCGGAUUUUUGGAUAUAUUCAAGAGUAAGGAAUUGGAUCCUGAAUCGGAAUUAAUAAUGACCCUCAAACGAUCCAUCCUUUUGAUUCAGCGAGAAGAGUUCCCCGCAGCAGAGCAAAUGUUACAUGUUGCCUUAAGACAAGCUCAAGAACAGGGUAACAGCGAUGGAAUUACUUAUGCGUAUGAUCUUAUGGCGAAUUUAGCAAUGACUAGAGGCCAGUUUGAGAAAGCCGAGAAGCUGUUUGUCUUGAUCAUGAACAGACUUAUAAGCAAUCAAGUGCCUGAAAAUGACCUGAGGAAUUUGCACAUUAGCUUGAAACUUGCCAAAAUAUUAGAAGAAAAAGGAGAUCGGAAUAAAGCAGAGUUGGGCUACAAAUUUUGUUUGGAUCACCUAGAGGAAAAAGUAGCAGCCAUUCACGAUCUCAAACUGAAGAAAACUCAUUUCUCAGAUCAAGAAAAAAUUGACAACGAAAAUACUAUAGCACUCUAUGGAAUGAGUCUAGAUUGGUUUGCUAAAUUUUUACUUCAGGAGCGCAAAUACGAAGAAUCAGUGAAAUGUUACAAGAAAGCGUACAAGCUCUGUGUUGAGGUGAAUGGAGAUAUUCAUGAACAAAAUGUUAUCCUCCUCAAUGAUAUUGGUACUGUCAACUACCUGCGCGGAAAUUAUGAUAAAGCUUUGAAAUAUCUAACUAGAGCUAUAGAAAUGGGCAAGCACCUCCCGCAAAUGGAAGACUUGUCAUCGGUGUAUAUUAAUUUGGGAAAGGUGUACCUUGAGCAAGGUUUAAAGGCUGAAGCAGAGAAACAUUGCAGAGAUGGGUGGAAAAAUGCAAAUCGGUUGAAUAACGAAGAAGGAAUUAAAGAUGCAGAAAUGUGCUUAUCAAGGGUUCAAAAGGCGAUGGCUUAAAGGCGGUGCACAAAUUGAUUCUUGUUCAUUCCUUUGAUGAAGUUUAUUCUUUAACUCAAAGGGUGCUAUUUCUCUACUACUGGAAAUGAUGUAGGAAAAAGAUCGGGCAAAAAAUGUUGAGACAGUUUGUUGAUACCCUUCUUACUUCUGUUUUUUCAGCUUUUGGUAUUUUUAACAUGCAUUCAAUGGAAGCAGAAUAUUCUUGUGUAGGAAUCUGCAUGAUGUACAAUUUUUUAGAUUAAGCACAAGCUGACCUGUUCCUGGAAUGGGCCACAAGAAAAGGUCUACAUUAGGAACACUUUCAUGCAGUCUGAAAAUAUUUCUGUUUAAGAACUGAAAAACAAUAAUUGACUUGUUUUUUUUUUUUGUAUUAUUUUUUUUUAUCAAUAGCCUGGAAAGUCUAACUGGUUGACUAAGAGAGUCACCUUCUACCAAAAGAGCACAAUUUUAAGUUCGGUUUCUCCAUCGGAUGUCUAUUUCAAAGUCUCUUCAAUGCCAUGCCUUUUUUUCAGGUCCUCUAGAAAAUUUUAAAUUGUGAAUUGAUUGUAAAAGUAUUAGCACCUACCUAAAAGGAAGGGCACAUAUACCUGAGAUACCUUUACCGAAGGUAAUAAAAAAGUCGUCAUUUUUACUAUCUUAUAUAUGUAUAUUUGUGACGGCAAUAUUGUCGUUGUAAGGGUCCAUAUUCCUAUGACGUCGCAUGUAUAAUUCUGCUAACAAAAGAGCCCAUGAGGUUUAAAGAAACCCUAGAAGUAGGCCUUGUUAGGGGUAGCCCAAGGGUUGAUAAUAUUUUAAUUAAAGUAUUUCCCUCCAAUCCACCUUAAACAUCUUUGUUGUACUCAGAAGAUGUCAAUCCCUCCAGAAAGAUGCACUAUAGUAGGGUUGCUUUUUUACCUGAAGUUUUACUGCAUUUUAUUUUACCCAAAGUUUUUUAUAGCGCUCUUGCUGAAAGUAGGAUUCUAAAAAGCAAGCAUAUCUCUGAGAAAGUUCCAGCAGCUUUCCAAUAUCUUUUAGGUUGCAAUAUCAGGCAAAUUAUCAAGCUUUGGAAUUGUUGUGAAUUAUAGAAGUUUGGUCAGAACAACUAGUCAAUUUUGCCUUUUGAAUUGUACCAAAACUCCUUGUUUCAAAAUAUACCAACUACCAUUACAAAGCAUCAUAAUUGCUUUUCCUCUAACACACAUUUUAGCUAGUCUUUUAUGGAUACUUCUAUUAUUUUUAAUAUUUUAUGUAGCAGAUAAGCAUAUGUAGCAUGUUUAUUUUUUAAAAAAAAAUGCCUACCAAUGUACUUAAAAUUGCGUAAAAGUUACCAUUAGCAUUGAAUGUCCGUUAACAACAGAUACAUAUCUGCAGAGGAUGACUUUUACUAAUUACCUUGUUGAUAAUAUACUGCUAGCACAAAAAUUAGAGAUAAAAGUAGGACAGAAUUGAAUGAAGAUCAUAAAUCCUCAUGUAAUAUAAAACUGCUCAAUGUGAAGUCUUUUUUUCCCCAUUUUUUUUUAACCGCUUUGCCCUUAAUUGUUACUUGCACACAAGUUCCAAAGUUUACCAUCGGGAAACUUAAUUUUAUGUGCUUCUUUCAGGCCUUACUUUUUUUUUUUAAAAAAAAAAAAUUAUAUAUAUUUAAAAGUGAUAGUCUUUAAGUAGAUGAAUACUCUGUAAAUUUACCCUUGAGUCCUCCCCUACCCUCAACAAUUUCCCUCGAUGAGUGAAGUUUUCUGAGCAAAAUUCGAUUUCUUUAGAACAGGCAGUAUAUUAUAAAAAACCAGAAGCACUUUCAAAUAUAGCAGCAAAAAAUACAAUGGGCAUUAAGGAUCGUACACCUAACAAAUUUAAAGAAAGUCAUGCACUGCAGAAUUUGUUUGUUGAUUUUUAACACAUUGGUGAUAGUGUCAGGUGGCAGCGCCUGACAACGUUUUUAAUUCUGGAAUGGCGUCAGCCGCUGGUAGUUGAUAUAAAUAUUGUAGUUAAGCAAAUAUUCGAUUGUAGAAUUAUAUAUCUUUUUGUCAAUGUCUGAAAUAAGCACAGCUCCUUGAAAUGUAUCCAAUACAGGUUUUCCAGUUAUAGUUUAACCUAUCUCAUGAUUUCUGAAUCCAGUUAAAAAAUGAGCAGGAUCCUGCUAAUACUUGAAGUUCGAACUUCAAGUAUUUGGAGAUGUCUGUCAGGUGCCUGCGCCUAACAGCGCAUAUUCCACAAUAAUUUUUGGCAACAAGCGCUCUCAUCACCAAAGUGUUAAAAACUGGAAAGGCAUUCAUCAUUGUGAUAUUCCUUUUAUACCUACUUAUUGUCACAGUUUACACAAAUGUAUUAUUUGUUUGUACCUUUUUCAUUUCUUUAUGUAUUCUUUUUUUGUUAAUUUUUGAGUUAAUAAAAAUCUCAAAUUGGA